GGGAAGAAGAAGGAUUUUUCAUGCAGUGAUCGGAAGUUUGCUUGUAACAUUGGACUCACAUUUAAAACUCCAGAAGAGUUCUUUCUGGGAUAUCCAAUGUGCUCAAAAUAUUCAUUUGGUGAGUUUGACCCCCGUAAGAAUGCCAUUUCUGCCUAUAAUCCUAUGGUAGAGCCUGCUGAUGCCUCAUUCAUAAUUGACGGACCUGAAGUAGUGGUUUUUGUUGGUUUUCCUGCGUCUGGAAAAACAACAUUUUAUGAAAAAAUCAUGAAACCUAAUGGCUAUAUUCAUGUAAGCAGAGAUAUUCUAGGGUCCUGGCAAAAGUGUGUUAACAUUUGUAAACACGUAGAGUCUCGAAGACGUUACAUAUGCUGUGCUCAAGACCUUGAAGUUCCUGUAAGAUGCUUCCAUUUUUUGACUACAAUGGCUGAAGCAAAACAUAACAACAGAUUUCGUGAAUUGACAACUGAGAGGGAUUUUGCAAAAGUGACCGAUAUAGCCUAUAACACUUUCAAGUCAAGGUUUGUCCCACCACAAGAAACAGAAGGAUUCAAAGAAGUUCUUAGAAUAACCCUUAAUGCAUCUGUCAAGGAUGAAUAUGCAAACUUGUACAUUCAGUUUUUACUAUGAGUUGGGACUAUCAUGCCUCAUAAUCAUUAUUGUGUUAUGUUGAUUAAUUCGGCAUUAUUUUAG